UCUCUCUCUCUCUCUCUCUCUCAAACCACAAUUAUGGGAUGUUUAAUUCAAAUCCUUAUCACCACAAGCUUGUAUUACACAGUCAUGUUUAAACAGAGUCUGAUUAAUGCCAGGAGCUGAGAGCUUUUCUCCGUGAGCGUAACAUAGCCUGCGUUCAGAGUAGCGUACCACCACACAUGCACUUGCAGCACGCAUACUGUGCGCAGUAUGUGACAUUUCUGUAUACAUGAAAUACUGGAAUGACCUACUGCAUUUGUCAAAACAUCCCUUAAAUAACUAGACCACUGGGUGGAAUGCAAUAUCCCACAAUGCAAAUGGCCUUUCGUUUCCAUAAACCUUGGCAUGGGUUCAACAUUAAGUAAGUGCCUUCAGUUCAAUUCAUUUUCCCUAAAUAACUUGGUGUACCAGAUUAAGAUGACAUUAUGAUAUUGUGUGUAGGCUAUGUAUAAUUUAGAUGCUACACAUUGCACAUCACUAGAAUGUGACUGUUUUGAACAAACAACUUUUAUGAAAAUGUACAUUUUGGAAUAUUGGCCAAAAUACGUAUUACGUUGUACAUCUUCCUCCUCCGAUGUUUAUGGUCUUAAACCGUGCUUUUAAUAUUUUACGAACACAGUAUAAUAACGGAUUCAUAUCUUUCACAUCGCAACCAGUUUCAUCAUUGAGUGUAUUAUUGAGCGCGCUCUCGUUACAGACGCGCACCUGUUGCUCGUUACCAAUUUUUGAGCUUCCUUUAGAAUGGCUGUUGCCAAUAGAUAUCCAAAUAUUUAUUCAAAGAAACUUAAGUUAUGUUGCCAUGGGCAUGGGGGAAGUAUUUGUUCUUAAGUUUAUCGGGCGUUUUUUAUUCCUUCAAACACUAAUAGAAACAUUGCAAAGAUUUGAUAAAGCCAUUUUAUAAAUUAACGCAAUAUUUAAGGUAUAUUUGCGUGCGCGCAAGAAGCAUUCGAUUUUUGUGUCAUGGGCGUACAUACGAGCAGAGAAAAUCAGGGGCGGCCCUUAAGUUCCAAGCCCUGCAACUGGGGCUGGAUUUAAGGAACGCAACACUUGUCAGGCAACCUUCAAGCCGUGGUCUUCGCUCAUCUACGUUGUGCAGUGUGCCCGAGUAUGAUCUGUCUUUCGGAUUCUUAAGUAGGCCUACGGUGUUCUCCACUGUCAAAGACACCGAAAACUGCAGGGAUCCCACUUGUGUUGUCAAUACGCAUGAGCGAUGAAGCCCAGGGAAGCGCGCGCCUCUCCACAUACCUGAUGCUCCGGAACGGAGAGAAUUUUACGCACGAGAACCAGACCAUGUUUCCAGACCCGACCAUGGCGAACCAAAGCAACGACGUCGACCCGUUCGGUCGGAACGAAGAGGUGGCCAAAAUAGAGAUCACGGUUUUAAGCGUCACCUUCCUCGUAGCCGUGAUCGGGAACCUGAGCGUGCUGCUGGCGAUGCGCAACACCAAGAAGAAGAGCUCGCGCAUGCACCUGUUUAUCAAGCACCUGAGCCUUGCGGAUCUGGUGGUGGCUUUCUUUCAGGUCCUCCCGCAGCUGUGCUGGGAGAUCACCUUUCGAUUCUACGGACCUGACUUCCUAUGCCGGAUCGUGAAGCAUCUCCAAGUCCUCGGGAUGUUCGCGUCCACCUAUAUGAUGGUGAUGAUGACUCUGGAUCGAUACAUCGCCAUCUGUCACCCGCUGAAGACCCUUCAGCAGCCCACCAAGCGCGCGUACAUCAUGAUCGGGUCCACUUGGCUGUGCAGCCUGUUGCUCAGCACACCUCAAUACUUCAUCUUCUCCCUGAGCGAGAUCCAGAACGGCUCGGGUGUUUACGACUGCUGGGGACACUUCAUCGAGCCGUGGGGCAUACGAGCCUACAUCACAUGGAUCACGGUGGGCAUCUUCCUCAUCCCUGUCGUCGUUCUCGUGAUCUGCUACGGGUUCAUAUGCCAAACUAUUUGGAAGAACAUAAAGUGCAAGACUAAAAGAGGAACGCCGCACAACGCGAAAAAGGGGAUGAUCGGAAAAGCGUCUGUCAGUAGUGUCACAAUCAUCUCGAGAGCCAAAUUGAGAACGGUCAAGAUGACGUUCGUGAUUGUUUUGGCGUAUAUCGUUUGCUGGGCGCCCUUCUUCAUCGUGCAGAUGUGGUCAGUCUGGGAUGUAAACUUUUCAUGGGAUGAUUCUGAAAACGCUGCUGUGACCCUCUCAGCUUUGUUGGCGAGUCUCAACAGCUGCUGUAACCCUUGGAUCUACAUGCUCUUUAGCGGCCACCUCCUCCACGACUUUUUAAGAUGUUUCCCCUGCUGUAGCAGACCCCGAAACUCGCUACGAAAAGAGGAUUCAGACAGCAGCAUCAGAAAAAACACAUUUCUGAUCAAGUUAGCAACUGCCCGGAUGGCAAAGGAUGGCUUUGAUUCUUUCAGGGAGCCGUGCAACUCCCGAAAGUCCAGUCAGUCUACAGGGCCAGACUAUUCUUGCAAAUCAAGUCAAUGUGUUUCCGUUGAUUGCUCGUGUAAACCAAAUCAAUGCAUGUUUAUGGAGUCCUCGGAGCCACGUGUGGUGGGACCAGAUAAAGAGACAUUCAAUUAAACUUCACACAUGUAGAAAUAUGUUUUGAAUGGCUAUGUGCACUGCUCAGCAACAUUAUGUGGUCUGAUAAGAUUCUGCUUUUUACUUCAAGUUUACAUCAUUGGGGGAAGAGCCUGUCUCAUAAUGAUUGACAGCUGCAUAUAGAGAGAGUACAUGGGAAUGGAUUAAUGACAGCCUUCAACGGAUGCCCUAUGAACUAAUGCUUUAACUUCAUAAGAAUAACUUGUUCAAUAAUAUAGAUUAUACAUUUUCUUUACAGCACGUUAUUGAUGUGAUGCACUUUUUUAUUAUGGCUAAAGUCUGUGACUUUGAUUUUGCUUAUUGCUGUGCUUACUACAUGUGCUAUAAUGGUGGGAAAUGAUGCUUCCUUCCUAAGGCAAAAGUGUUUUAUCAGUUUACACCAAUGACAUGAAGCUCUUUGAUUGUGCGGGAUAUAAAGAGUGUAUUGUGUGGGUGUGUCUGUACUUACUGUAAGUAUCGUUUGCAGCCAUAACAUUCUCAAUAGUAAACUAAACUGGACAAAACCUCUCUUUGGGGAAAAAAUCUACAAGUGGCAAAUCAAUUUAAAAAAUAGCAAAAACGAUUUUCUUGUAGAGUUACAGUUAGGCUAUAAUAAUAAGUAGGGAUGUAACGAUUCACUCAGCUCACGAUGCGAUGCGAGUCACGAUUCUGAUCUCACGAUGCGAUUUAGUCACGAUUUACUCACGAUUUAUUUUGAAAAAAUGAGUUGAAACAAAUUAGAAAUGAACAACUUCCCUUGCAUUAUUUCUUAAAUGCUUCACGUUUCUUUGUAUGAUAAAAUAAUGUUUUAUUUCAAAUAACAAAACUAAACUGCAAUUUUAUAACAAAUUAAUAAUAGAAAAAGUCUCUUUAAUAUAAACAAACUAAUACUGUAUGUGCUUUUCUUGGAUUUUUUUGCAUUUAAGAAAUAUCAGCAUCCACGUUUAGAUUUGCAGUGAAAAUAGCGGCCCCUGCUGUUCAAAAAAUGUAUCGCGAUUCAGUUCAAGCCUCAACCGAUUUGAAUCGUUGCUCAUUAUAACCGAUUUUCAACCGGCUCACGGUGAAUCGUUACAUCCCUAAUAAUAAGUACAAUUACUUUUAAUUAUAUGAAGAAAAGUCUAUGUGCCUAUUUAGACAGUAAAUAAAUGUGUGCGUGUGCAUGACCAAACAAAAUUCAAUAAUAGCACUCUGAAGAAUGUUGUGAUGUGUGGUUCUCUCUAAUGUAUAGAUAUAUAAUAUAAUUUACAUGUAUAAAAGCUCACUGCCGUAACUGGCUUUACUUUUGUUGUGUUAAAAAUAAUGUAAAGAGAAUAAAUAUGUGAAUAUAGAUGAUAUACAGUAUAUACAUAUCAACAAACAAAUAAAACAUGGCAGUAAAAAGUACCUGUCUAUGCUUGCGUGUUUGACUUCACAGACAUGCCCAUUUACAUCACCAUUGAAAACCAAACCUAGAUGCACAAUGAAAUGAAUGUCUAAUUGUGAAUU